AUGCUGGUGUCCUCUUUGGGUGUUUCUCAGAUGGCCUACGUGACGGGGAGACUGUGCGGGGAUCGCGUUGCCUGGAGCGGAGGAGCUCCCUCCUCUUGCUCAGAGGUGGAUCUGGAGGUCAUCGAGGAGUACCUGCAGGAGCACUCGCAGGAGGUCCAGCCUGUGCACAAACCUGCAUCACCUCCAACCAGCAUGGGGCAACAAAUGAACAUUCACUGUCACCAUGGCAUCAGGAUCAUAGGUAUUGAAAACAGGUGCAACUGGACUGAUGCAGGAUUUGUAAUCCUGGCCUCUAUUAUCUGAGUAUAUCUUUUUUUCUGUAUGUACACAGAGAACAGCUGGUCAGGUCAGCAUCCAUACGAAUGGCAUUGUGGCUCUCACACUCCAAAUGAGGAAUAUGAAGAUCGCACCCUGCCUCCAGCUUGGACAAGCCCCCAUGACAACCACUGGGUAAGUCUUACAGUGCAUUAAAGCUUUUUACCUCUUUCAUAGCAAAACACAAAAAACACACAUUUAGUCUUUUAACUAAGUCUUUUGACUCUGAGAAAUAUUAUAUUUUGAAGCCAUUUGCAUGUUUUCUAUCACCAGGACCACAUUCCAUAUCCCUACAAGGCUCCUGCAAACUUUGACUCAGACUCCCAGUCUAGUAGCUCCCAGGAUUACCAAGAUUUAUCAUCCCCAGCCAGUGAGAGGGAAGGGAGGAGGGAUUCUCUGCCUCUCGCCCCAUUGUCAGGUAUACAAACAGCAUGCAAAUUCACAAGCGCACAUGCACCUGAGUCUCAAAACUCUCAACAUUUAUAACAUUUCCCACAUAUCAACAGAUGCAACCCUUGUAUAUUAAGAGAUGAUACAUUCUAAUUCUAGUGGGGAAAACAUACAAGUUUCCACUUACGCACAUGCUCUUGUCAAUGCGGCCUCAUAUAAGUAUUAAGAUCCCCUUCCUCCUUUGCAGGAAAGAGGAAGGAGCGGUUGUUCCAGUUUCUAUUUGAGAUGCUCCAGACGCCAUCGAUGCGGAGCUGCAUCUGGUGGGUCCAGUCCUCUGCUGGCACGUUUCAGUUCUCCUCCCAAAAUAAGGAGCGCUUGGCUCAGCUGUGGGGCAGACGAAAGGGUAACCGCAAGCCAAUGACUUACCAGAAGAUGGCCCGGGCGCUGAGGAACUAUUCACGCACGGGGGAGAUUCAGAAGGUGAAGAGGAAACUCACCUACCGCUUUGAUGAGAAGACAUUGAGGGGUCUACAAGGAGACAGUAAUGCAGUGUAG